GGGAGUUGGUCGGAAUUAGGAAACACAUGCUAAAUGUUUGUAGUUAUACACGUGCCGCGUUCAACGAAUCAGCAAUUCUGAGUUAUCUGAGUUUCCUAGUUCCGACUGCAUGUGAACGCCGCACAAAUCCUAUACCCGGGCGGUUCAUUCCGCGCAUCACUCACUCGUAGUCGACUAUUGUAUGUAGGCUGGCUACUAGUCUACUGUUUAUGUUUCGGAGCCAAAGCAAGCGCAGGUUAAAGUAGGCUAUCCACUUACCGCUGUCAGAGUUUAUUUUAAGCCUGCUACACUGGGUUAGGCUACUGUCAGAGACACACCUAAAGCAUGGAUGCUCUGAAAUCAGCUGGAAGAGCGAUUAUCAAGAGUCCCGGAGUUCCGCGGCACACAUGGGGCACCUCCAAGCACGACAAGCUGCCGGAGAACUGGACAGACACCAAGGAGACCCUAUUGGAAGGGAUGGUUUUCCAGGUCAAGUACCUGGGGAUGACUCUGGUGGGACAACCUAAAGGAGAGGACAUGGCCGCUGCAGCUAUACACAGGAUAGUCUCUACGGCCCGGCAAGUGCUAAGAAGUUCCGUAAGGUGACCUUUGACCAUCUCUCCUAAGGGAAUCAUCAUCACAGACACAGAGACACAGGACCUCAUAGAGAAUGUGUCCAUCUAUAG